AUGCCAGCUCCAUUUGAAAAAGGUUCCGAAAAGAAGGGUGCUACUCUCUUCAAGACCAGAUGUUUACAAUGUCACACUGUUGAAAAGGGUGGCCCAAACAAGGUUGGUCCAAAUUUGCAUGGUGUUUUCGGUAGAAAAUCUGGUCAAGCUGAAGGUUUCUCUUACACUGACGCCAACAAGAAGAAGGGUGUCACUUGGUCUGAACAAACCAUGUCUGACUACUUGGAAAACCCAAAGAAGUAUAUCCCAGGUACCAAGAUGGCUUUCGGUGGUUUAAAGAAGGCUAAGGAUAGAAAUGAUUUGAUCACCUACUUAGCUUCUGCUACCAAAUAG